AUGAUGCAGAGCGCAGCUGUCCCCGCGGAGGGGGCUGUCAAGGGGCUCCCGGAGAUGCUUGGUGUGCCGAUGCAACAGAUCCCUCAGUGUGCCGGCUGCAACCAGCAUAUCCUGGACAAGUUCAUCCUGAAGGUCCUGGACAGACACUGGCACAGCUCUUGCCUCAAGUGUGCAGACUGCCAGAUGCAGCUGGCGGACAGGUGCUUCUCCAGGGCCGGGAGCGUCUACUGCAAGGAAGACUUCUUCAAGCGCUUCGGCACAAAAUGCACGGCCUGCCAGCAGGGCAUCCCCCCGACCCAGGUGGUGCGCAAGGCGCAGGACUUCGUCUACCACCUGCACUGCUUCGCCUGCAUCAUCUGCAACCGGCAGCUGGCCACGGGGGACGAGUUCUACCUCAUGGAGGACGGGCGGCUGGUGUGCAAGGAGGACUACGAGACGGCCAAGCAGAACGAUGACUCUGAGGCCGGAGCGAAGCGGCCCCGGACCACCAUCACAGCCAAGCAGCUGGAGACGUUAAAGAACGCCUACAAGAACUCCCCCAAGCCUGCCCGGCACGUGAGGGAGCAACUGUCCUCGGAGACUGGCCUGGACAUGAGGGUCGUACAGGUUUGGUUUCAGAACAGAAGGGCCAAGGAGAAGCGCCUGAAGAAGGACGCGGGGCGGCAUCGCUGGGGGCAGUUCUAUAAGAGCGUCAAGAGGAGCCGGGGAGGCAGCAAGCAGGAGAAGGAGAGUUCUGCCGAGGACUGUGGGGUUAGUGACAGUGAGCUGAGCUUCCGAGAGGAUCAAAUUCUCUCAGAACUUGGCCACACCAAUAGGAUUUAUGGCAACGUGGGGGACGUUACAGGCGGACAGUUAAUGAAUGGGAGCUUCUCCAUGGACGGGACAGGACAAUCCUAUCAGGACUUGAGGGAUGGGAGCCCCUAUGGAAUCCCCCAGUCUCCAUCCUCCAUAUCGUCCCUGCCAUCCCACGCUCCUUUGCUCAAUGGGCUGGAUUACACGGUGGACAGUAAUUUGGGCGUCAUUGCGCACGCAGGGCAGGGAGUAAGCCAGACGCUGAGAGCCAUGGCUGGGGGACCCACCUCUGACAUCUCCACAGGAAGCAGUGUAGGCUACCCCGACUUUCCAACUAGCCCAGCCUCUUGGCUCGAUGAAAUGGAUCAUCCUCCUUUUUAA